CAGUGACAACGAACAUAUCUUACAAGAUGUGAUGAACGCCUGCAUCCGCGUGUCGAUAUGCCUGUUGAUUGAACUUUAAUUUGCAAAGGAUUAUGGCUACGAAAGUUGUAUAUUUUACUGUUGAUGGAAAGCCGGAACAAGCCGAAUUUAGAUCGGACGACACGGCAGACGAACUGAAAGAGACUUUUCGAGCAGCUGCUGAGGCCAAUUCAGAUGACAUACUGAAGCUUUACAACACUAAAGGCAACCUUAUCAAUAUAUCUCCAAAGUUACCUGAGAACACCCCUGAUACUCGCUACAAGUUAGAAGUGGUCGCCCUUCACUGUAAUGACAAUGUCUUGGCAACACAGUUUGGGGCAGUGAUCACAAACUUAGAAUCAAGAAUAGAAAUGUUGGAAAAGAAAGUUUUUGUAGAAAAUGGAGAAAUUCCACCUGUGAUAGGGGAGCUGAAACACAAUGUGGAAAACUUCAGAGAAAAACUAGAGGGUGUUGACCAUCUAAGUUGGUUAGGACUAUUCAAAGACAUUUCCUGUGGAACUUCAUUGAAACCUUUCUGGGACAAGUCACAGUCAAUAAAGAAGACAGAUGAACACAACAGAAUUGUGUAUGAAAAAUUCAAAAAAAUCAGUCAAGUACAAGUAACAGAUGAAGUUCGAGAAUAUCUUCGUAAGCCUACCUUUGAUAACUGGCAGUGGGACGAUCCUGAAAUGAUAAUCCUACUGCGACAGAUGUACAUAGACCUUGAUCUAAUCUCCAGAUUUAACAUCGAGAUGAAUGUGUUACAUCAGUGGCUGUAUGAGAUAUACAAAAAUUAUAACCAAGUGCCUUUUCACAAUUUCAAACACUGUUUCAUGGUUGCCCAAAUG